CAUGACCAGCGGCGGGGAGGAGCAGGGGAGGCGGCUCUUCGGCGUGUCGCUCACGGACAGGCCCGUCUGGCAGCAGUUCCUCAUCUGCUCCUCCGGGUUCUUCUUCGGCUACCUCGUCAAUGGCAUCUGCGAGGAAUACGUCUACAACCGGCUUCAUUUCAGCUACGGAUGGUACUUCACGUUCGUGCAGGGGUUCGUCUACCUGGGCCUCAUACGUCUGCAGGGGUUCACGAUGAAGCAGAUGGUGAACCCGUGGCGGACCUACGUGCGCCUCUCCGCCGUGCUCAUGGGCUCCAACGGCCUCACCAAGGGCUCCCUCGCCUUCCUCAAUUACCCUGCACAGAUCAUGUUCAAAUCCACAAAGGUUUUGCCGGUGAUGAUAAUGGGGGCAUUCAUCCCCGGUUUAAGACGCAAGUAUCCGUUCCACGAGUACGUAUCAGCGGUGAUGCUCGUCAUCGGCCUCAUUCUUUUCACGCUCGCGGAUGCGCAAACAUCGCCUAAUUUUAGCAUGAUCGGCGUAACAAUGGUGUCCGCUGCGCUCGUCAUGGAUGCCUUCCUCGGCAACCUGCAGGAAGCCAUCUUUAAGAUGAACCCAGACACCACGCAGGGUUUACUCUUUGAUCAGAUGGAGAUGCUGUUCUGCUCAACUGUUGUUGGGCUACCAUUCCUUGCCGUGCCAAUGGUGUUAACCGGGGAGCUCACAACGGCAUGGAGUGCAUGUUCUCAGCACUUGUACGUGUACGCCGUGCUGGUGUUCGAGGCGAUGGCAACGUUCGUUGGGCAGGUGUCAGUGCUGUCCCUAAUCGCACUCUUUGGCGCCGCGACGACAGCCAUGGUGACGACGGCGAGGAAGGCGGUGACCCUGCUCCUCUCGUACCUGAUAUUCACGAAGCCCAUGACGGAGCAGCACGUCUCAGGGCUCCUACUGAUAACCAUGGGGAUCGUGCUGAGGCUCCUGCCAGAGGACAAGGAGAAGAAGAACCUGGCCGAGCGCAAGCAGGCAAAGAUGGUGGCGCAGCUCGGCGAGGACAAGCGGCGAGGAGAUGGAGUAGAGGAGGAGAAAUCGCCGUUAGUAUGAUCCAUGACUUG